GUGAACAUCUCACCUUCACUGCAUUCUGGAACGUCAUUAGAUGUUUCUGUGAAGGCUCCACUGGCAAAAGACGUUCUCAACAUGGCAGGAAUUUGCGUUCCUCCUAGUCCCGAAGAAUUAGCUUCAGCAGAUUAUAGCACAAAGCCUCGAAACUGGCCGAAGGAAGAGGAGCACGUUCAGGUUUGUGCUGUUAAAGCCCAAGUGGAGAUGUGCUUUUUUUCUGUUAUUCCAUUAUAA